AUGGCCCAAAACACAACAUCUAUAAUCCCACUGAAUGUAGGUGUGGUUCUUGACCUGGACAAUGAUCACUUGGAUGGCAAUAUUGGGUUGAGUUGCAUCAACAUGUCCCUUUCAGACUUCUAUGCCACUCAUGGCCACUACAAAACCAGACUGGUCCUCAACAUCAGGGACUCCAAGAAAGAUGUUGUUCGUGCUGCUGCAGCAGGAAUCCAGACUAGAGACUUUCAACUUCACACUAUAGGAGUUAGAUUUGGUCACCUUGCCCUGGAUUUGAUAAAAAAUGUGGAAGUGCAAGCAAUCAUAGGGCCAACAACAUCAAUGCAAGCCAAUUUUGUUAUUGACCUUGGAGAAAAAGCUCAGGUCCCCAUAACAUCAUUUUCUGCAUCAAGUCCGUCUCUUACUUCAAUCAGGAGUCCAUAUUUUUUUCGGGCUACCCAAAAUGACUCAACUCAAGUGAAUGCCCUAACUGCAUUAGUUCAAGCCUUUGGAUGGAGAGCAGCAGUACCCAUCUACAUCGACAAUGAAUAUGGAGAGGGAAUCAUACCGUAUUUGACUGAUGCUUUGCAAGCAGUUGAUGCUCGUGUCCCCUAUCAGAGUGUCAUUUCUCUAUCAGCCACCGAUGAUCAAAUUGUCGAGGAGCUUUACAAAGCUGAUGACAAUGCAAACUAG